UUCUGAUUUUUCCUCUUUCUACUCUCUCACGCUCCUUCGAUGGACAUUUCUUCUUCUUCUUCUUCCUCGUCCUCUUCCUCCGGCGCUCUCAGUCCUGACGCUAAUCUCGAUGCCGACACCCCCCGGACGCCCCUUGCCGUCCGGGGAGCCCUCCAGCUCCUCCAAUCUAACGACCGCGAUUUCAUGCUCCAAGCCGCUCGCGAUAUUCGCCGCCUCACUAAAACCUCGCAGCGCUGUCGCCGCCAGCUCUCUCAGGCUGUUGGUCCCCUCGUUUCCAUGCUCCGAUUCGACUCCUCCGAGUUCCACGAAUCCGCUCUUCUCGCUUUGCUCAACCUUGCUGUUAAAGAUGAAAAGAACAAAAUCAGCAUUGUGGAAGCUGGUGCUUUAGAACCAAUAAUAUCUUUCCUGAAGUCACAAAAUAUAAACCUGCAAGAGUGUGCCACUGCAUCUCUGCUCACUUUAUCUGCCUCUGCAACCAACAAACCAAUCAUUUGUGCUUCUGGAGCCAUUCCUCUUCUUGUGGAGAUCCUCAGAGAUGGAAGCCCACAGGCUAAAGCUGAUGCAGUAAUGGCCCUUUCCAAUCUAUCCACCCACCCUGACAAUCUCAGCGCCAUUCUUGAAACAAAUCCAAUUCCUUUCAUAGUUGAUCUUCUCAAAACCUGUAAAAAAUCCUCAAAAACAGCCGAGAAGUGCUGCGCUUUGAUAGAAUCCUUGGUGGGUUUUGGUGAGGGGAGGACUGCCUUGACAUCUGAAGAAGGCGCGGUGCUUGCAGUUGUAGAAGUUCUUGAAAACGGCAAUCUCCAGAGCAGGGAGCACGCAGUCGGAGCAUUGUUAAUGAUGUGCGAAAGUGAUCGAUGUAAAUACAGGGAACCAAUCCUCAGAGAAGGUGUCAUUCCAGGACUUCUGGAGCUGACAGUACAAGGAACCCCCAAGUCUCAGUUAAAAGCCCGUAACCUUCUGCAACUACUGAGGGAAACUCCUUAUCCCAGAUCUGAAAUUCAACCUGACACUCUUGAGAACAUCGUGUGCAAUAUUAUAUCCCAGAUUGAUGGCGAUGAACAGUCUGGUAAAGCAAAGAAGAUGCUAGCUGAGAUGGUUCAAGUCAGCAUGGAACAGAGCCUGAGACAUUUACAGCAAAGGGCUCUGGUGUUCACCCCAACAAGUGAUCGGCCUGUUACUAACUGUGCUUCUGAAGUAUCUUCAAAAUGAUAGUUUGGGUUUGUCAACUCAACUAUGUAUCUCUUUCUUCUUUUAGUUCCACUCUCUUUCUCCUACUUGGGGCUUGUGAGAUAUAUAUUCUCCAUAGCAGAAGAAACAAAACAAGAAAAUAAUAGAGUAAAGCAUGCCAGUCCAGGCCAUGUCAGGUGUCGAGUGACUGGUAAGUUGUCAAUAAACAGAGAAAUUGUAAGAGCAAAAGAACAUGAUUUUGUAGUUGGUUUGUACUUUGUAAAGAAGCUGCUGUGUAUAGAAUAUAUACAAGUAUCCUUCUUUGCCCCAUAUUCAUGCCAAUGAUGCCAAUGUCUACAGCAUUUGUGAAAGCUAACUGCUCCGGCCGUUUGGAAUUGGUUCACAGAGUUGAUAAAUUGGCAUUUGGUUCCGUCCAAAUUUUAGGGGGAAUCAAAAUCAGUGAGUUGGUUUGAGUC